AUGGGCGGUUCAGCUUUUGCAAGAUUUCUGGGCAGCUACGGCAAGCCUGUUCAUACUCCUCGCAUGUCACCUGAAGUCUAUCAUACAGUAGCGAGUCACUGCCAGAAGAAAUUGGAAGCUCUGUUCGAACGCGUCUCCAUACCGCGGGAUGCACCCAGUAAAAUAGACUAUGGCGACGUGGAUUUGCUCGUAGAGGGCACGCGUUUGGAAACUGCUGAUGAGACCAUUUGGACUACCAUCAAGGAAGCACUAGGCGCUGAACUGCAGCUCCCCAAUGGGGCAUCACAAUCUUACGCCAUCCCACAUCCAACCAUUCUCGAGGCCUACGUACAAGUCGAUGUUGAAAUAUCACCCGGCAACGGAACUCCCGACAGCGUCCAGCUGUUCGAGUGGACGCUGUUCAUGAAGGGCGAUUCCGAUCUGGUCCAGAUCAUUGGCAUCGCACACCGCCCACUAGGCUUACUCUGUAAUGACCGUGGCUUACACGUUAGAUUGGAACAAAUUGAGCUGUAUGACAAGAAGCGGGCGCUGCUGUUCCUGACACGAGAUCCGGUCAAGGCCAUGGAGUUUUAUGGCUUUGAUGUCGCAAAAUAUCACGCUGGCUUUGCAAACGAGACGGAGUUGUUCGACUGGGUAAGCACCAGUCGGCUCUUCUAUCGAGAAGUGUUUGAGAAUCGAGUCGAAAAGGCAAAUGACCGUUCGCGCCAGGCCAAAAGGCCAAUGUAUCGCCGCUUUGUGCAAGAGUACAUGCCAGCACAUCCAGACAGAGGCAACAGGAAUGCUAUAACGCGAGACGAAGUUCUCCAAGAAGCACUACACUUUUUCAACAAGCAUGCGGAGUACGAAGAGAUGAUAAGAGGUCAUCGCCUUAGAGAGGCUGAAGAGGAUCUAUGGAAAGGCAUUCGGGAGAGGCUACCGGUGGAAGGCAACAGCCUGAGUACAGCACUGAAAAGCCUUCGACGUUGGGUAGUUUUCAAGGAUGGGAAGCCAGGGAUGGCGACUCAGGUGCAAGAGUACACAACUUGGAUCUCUUUCAUGGCAGCAGACAGUAAAGACGCUGUGCUCGACUGGGUUUUGGAGAACUGGAAAGAGGCCAAGGCGCUGGAGAAGGCUCGAUCGACUGCGGCGAAGGAAGCUGCAAAGAGGGUCGAUUGUCAACCCUAG